AUCAACAGCCGCCAUCUUGACGCGGCUCAGAAUCGGGAUUUUGGGGGGAGCAUUAAUUUUAAAAACCGACCGGAGCCUCUCGGACCCGGCUCAAACGGCUUUUUUCCUGCAGAAAAUCGAAGGGUUUGUCCUUACGCUGAGAAAUAAUCCAAACAUGUGAGGUUACGUGUGUUUUUAUCGUCUCGAAAGCCCACUGUAUAUUUGAUUUCCCUUUUAGAGAGCGCCGCUUCUCGCCGUAUCUCCGUCCAGAGACGCUUUAUUUACCGGGAGACAGCGACGAGAAAAAUAUUCCAACUCAUAGAAAAUAUUUUUGGAAUUUUCUUCUUUUUAUUUAAGCCAAAAGCUCAUUUUAUGGCUGCUUGUUUCGACUACGAAAAAAAUGAUUCUGUACAUACGUGAAACCGGCGAUCUACAGGAAAAAGGAUCUGCUUACGCUCGGUCUAAUAUUUUAUGAAUGUUUUUUAUUUAUUUUUCUCAAACCGAAAUAAUCUUUGGACGUAAUUAUUGAGGAUAAUUAUGAGGGUGUUGGGUGUUGGAUUAUCAUGGGGUGAUCUUCGGUGGCGAAGCGUGGCGCUGUUGCCUUUCGUUUGAAAAUCCUUUUCUCCAGGCAGCAUUUCGCCAGUCUGCCAAUCAAGAAAAGAAAGAAAAUUACUUCUUAACGUGUCACGUCGGGGAGCGUUACCUCUCACUAAGGGCUAAAGGCCGAAGACUUGGACUGAUCCUGCGAUUUUACCCUCCACCCCUCUUUAUUACAGUCCAUUCAUAUUUUUCACGACCAGGAUGGCUGACAAUCUGCUGGAUGCGGGACCCCCCACUGCAAAGCGACCCAAGCUUAAUUCACCUCUCUCAGGAUCAGACGGACCAGAUUUCAGGUCUCUUUUUGACUUGGAAAAUGACCUUCCAGAUGAGCUCAUUCCCAAUGGAGACUUGGGAUUGGGAAUGCCUUCCAGCGGUGGUCCAGGUGGAGGUGGCUCUGGUCUAAAUUCAGUCGUUCCAGAUGCUGCUGCCAAACACAAGCAGCUGUCUGAACUCCUGCGACCAGGAAGCUCCUCCAUCUUGGGAGGGGGCCUGAAUUCUGCCAGCCCCCAACAGGGAGGCAUGGUGGGAAGCCAGCUUGGUGCUGUACUGGGCAAAGGGCCAUUAGGGCAAGGCUCCCCCAAUCACCAGUCCACGCAGGCCCAGAAAGGGGGCGCUUCAGCUGGGCAAGGCAACGGAAACGCAGGCAUGGGCUUUAACCAGGCCAUGUUGAACAGUGGGCAGGGUCAUGGCGUCAUGGGCCAGACCGGACAGGUCAUGAAUGGAGCUAUGGGACCAGCGGGCCGGGGGAGGCCCGGCAUGCAGUACCAAGGCCAAGGCAUGCAGGGGACCCAAGUAGGUGCUGGACCCGGUGUGGGGAACAGUGUGCUGGCAGAGACUCUAACCCAAGGAGGACCACAGAUGGCCCACAACACACUGAGUCUUCAGCAAGCGGGAAACAUGAACAAGAUGGCAAUGUCAGGAGCUCCCUUUAGCCAGCAGUAUGGCCAAGGUGCGGUGCAGCAGAUGGGGACAGCAGGGGUCAAUGCCCAACAACUCCAGAACAAGACUGCCCUUUCCAACAACAUGCCCCAGUUUCCUCCUGAAUUAAAAGGAGCUGGGAGUGUGCCAAAUAUGUCUCAGAUGCAGCAACAGGUAGCGUCCAUGGGUUUGGUCCCUGGGGCUGCUGGCGUGUCCGGAGGCCCGACGGCUGACCCUGAGAAGCGAAAGCUCAUUCAGCAGCAGCUGGUCCUGCUGCUACACGCUCAUAAGUGCCAGCGGCGGGAGCAGGCCAAUGGUGAGGUGAGGGCCUGUACUCUGCCCCACUGCCGCACCAUGAAGAACGUACUCAACCACAUGACCCACUGCCAGGCCGGCAAGUCCUGCCAGGUGGCUCACUGUGCAUCAUCCAGACAGAUCAUCUCACACUGGAAGAACUGUACGCGGCACGACUGUCCUGUCUGCUUGCCUUUGAAGAAUGCAAGUGACAAAAGGAAUCAGCAGCCUGGCCUACCAAAUGCCAUCAAUACAGUGGGACCUGGGCAGCCGAGUGCCACAGCCAUCAAUAGUGCUGCCUCACACAUUGACCCCAGCUCCAUGCAGAGGGCCUAUGAGGCCCUGGGCCUUCCAUAUGAGAACCAGUCCACCGCUCAGGUCCAGGGUCAGGGUCCAACUGGGCAGAACUCCCAAGGCCCUCAGCACCAGCAGCUACGAAAUAUGAACCCUCUAGGCACUAAUCAAAUGAACCAGAUGGGAGGAGGCAUGGGUGCUUCUUCUUCAGACCAGAGUGGGUUGCUCUCCGACUCCUCUCUGCCUUCAACGCUUAACAAUCAGCUGAUGCCGGAUGGGUCAGUAGUUGGAGGCAUUGGAAACCUGCCCGCUGCCACCCCUCUCUCUGCUUCAGGUGUACGGAAGACCUGGCAUGAACACGUCACUCAGGACCUGCGCACCCACCUGGUGCACAAACUAGUACAAGCCAUAUUCCCCACCCCAGACCCUGCUGCUCUGAAGGACAGGCGGAUGGAGAACCUGGUGGCAUAUGCGCGGAAAGUGGAGGGUGACAUGUAUGAGUCGGCUAACAGCAGGGAUGAGUACUACCACUUCUUGGCAGAAAAAAUUUAUAAGAUUCAGAAGGAACUGGAGGAGAAAAGGCGCUCACGACUCCAGAAACAGCCUGGUAUGGUGGGUGCUGUUGGGCCUCAGCAGCCGGGGAUGCCUCAGCCCAACUCCUUAGGCCCAGGACAGGCUGUUAGAGCUCCAAAUGGACCUGCGCCUAUGACAAAUAUGCCAAAUCAGAUAAUGAACCGGAUGCCCCAAGGAAUGAAUCAGUUUAACUCAAUGGUAAUGCAGAAUGCACAGAUGUCUCAGGCACCAAUGGGAGCGAGGGCUCCUUCCCCCAGGAGCCAUCCGCAGCAGAUGAACAUGAGCUCUGUUCAAGCGAUGGGCAUGUCGCCAUCAAGGAUUCCUCAGACACAAGGGAUGAUGAGUGGCCAUUCUAAUAACAUGGUAUCUCAGCAAGCUAACCAAGGCCAAUUCCUGCCACAGGGACAGGGACAGUUUUCUGGUCCAGCCAGUGGAGCAAUGAAUGUGAAUAUCGGUCUGGGACAAGCCAUGUCACAGCCUGCACAGCAAUCACAAAACUCUAACCUCCCUCUGAAUGCACUGAGCUCCCUUGGCUCCCAGCUGCCCUCUGGCCCUCCAGCCCAGCCCGUCCUGGGUUCGACCCCUCCACCCAAUGCCUCUGCCGGCCUGCAGCAGCAGCAGCAGCACCACCACCACCACCAUGCUCCCUCGCAGGCCCAGGUGCCACAACAGCCCUCAACUCCCAGCUCCACAGUUGGACCCUCCUCCACCCCGACCCACAUACCCAGUGGUCUCCCUCGUCCGCCCUCAGCCAUGAGCACCCCACCCGACCCCUCCCAACCUCUCACGCCCCUGCAGCCCCAGCCUGAGCCCCCUACCCAGAUGCAGCAGCCCAGCUCAGUGCAGGCGCAGCACCCCAGCACUCCGUUGUCCCAGGCAGCAGCAAGUAUAGAUAACAGAGUGCCCACCCCAGGCUCUGUGGCUGAGCUGAGUUCUCAGCAGGCCCUGCCUGACAAGUGUGGUACCGAAGCCAAAUCUGAAGUAAAAGAUGAAGACGAUGGCAGCAGUUCUGGAAAGAAACAAAGUGAUAUAAAAACCGAGCAGGAUGAUGAAACCAAACCUCCACUGGUGAAGAAGGAAGAGCCAGAUGCAGUAGAACCAAAGCAGGAACCAAUGGAAACUGAGGAGAAGAAGCCAGAGGUGAAGACAGAACCCAAAGAAGAGGAGGAGGGCGGGGCCAACGGCACAUCAACCACCGCCAACACUCAGAACCGCAAAAAAAUUUUCAAGCCAGAAGAGCUGAGACAAGCCCUGAUGCCAACACUUGAGUCGCUCUACAGACAAGACCCAGAGUCUCUGCCCUUCCGACAACCUGUGGACCCCAUGCUGCUGGGUAUCCCUGAUUAUUUUGACAUAGUGAAGAAUCCAAUUGACUUAUCCACCAUCAAGCGCAAGCUGGAUACUGGUCAGUACCAGGAACCAUGGCAGUAUGUGGACGAUGUGUGGCUUAUGUUCAACAAUGCCUGGCUGUACAACCGAAAAACAUCCCGCGUCUAUAAGUACUGCACCAAGCUAGCAGAGGUGUUUGAAGCCGAAAUCGAUCCUGUGAUGCAGGGUCUGGGCUACUGCUGUGGCAGGAAGUAUGAGUUCUCACCUCAGACACUGUGUUGCUACGGCAAGCAGUUGUGUACCAUCUCCAGGGAUGGCACCUACUACAGCUACCAGAACAGUUCACCCAAAUUUGGCCUUAUUGCCGACAGGUAUCACUUCUGUGAGAAGUGCUUCAACGAGAUCCAGGGUAACAGUGUGACCCUGGGGGACGACCCGGCACAAUCGCAGACCAUGAUAUCAAAAGAGCAAUUUGAAAAGAAGAAAAAUGACAUGUUGGACUCUGAGCCGUUUCUUGAAUGUAAGGAUUGCGGACGUAAAAUGCAUCAGAUCUGUGUGCUGCACUAUGAUGUUAUUUGGCCAUCAGGCUUUAUCUGUGAUAACUGUUUAAAGAAGUCUGGCAAAACAAGAAAGGAAAACAAAUUCUCAGCCAAAAGGUUGCAGUCUACGAGGUUGGGAACAUACAUUGAGGACAGAGUAAACAAAUACUUGAAAAGGCAGAACCACCCAGAGGCUGGCGAAGUGUUUGUUCGAGUGGUUGCCAGCUCUGACAAAACUGUGGAUGUUAAGCCUGGCAUGAAGUCUAGGUUUGUAGACUCAGGUGAGAUGAUGGAGAGCUUCCCUUACAGAACCAAAGCACUUUUUGCAUUUGAAGAAAUAGACGGGGUAGAUGUUUGUUUCUUCGGCAUGCAUGUCCAGGAGUAUGGCUCGGAGUGCCCCUUUCCAAACACCAGACGGGUUUACAUUUCAUACCUCGACAGCAUUCACUUCUUCAAGCCUCGUCUGCUAAGGACUGCAGUGUACCAUGAGAUCUUGAUAGGCUACCUGGAAUAUGUGAAGAAACUUGGGUAUGUGAUGGGUCACAUCUGGGCAUGCCCACCAAGUGAAGGAGAUGAUUACAUUUUCCACUGCCACCCUCCUGACCAGAAGAUCCCCAAGCCUAAGAGGCUUCAGGAGUGGUACAGAAAGAUGCUGGAAAAGGCUUUUGCUGAAAGAAUCCUCCACGAUUACAAGGACAUUUUCAAACAGGCAACAGAAGACAGACUGACCAGUGCCUAUGAGCUGCCGUACUUUGAGGGGGACUUUUGGCCUAAUGUGCUGGAGGAGAGCAUCAAGGAGCUGGAGCAGGAGGAGGAGGAAAGAAAGAAGGAGGAGAACACGGCCUCCACUGAAACAACAGAGGUAUUUUUUGUUAUCCACCUGCAUUCUGGACCAGUCAUCAACACUUUGCCACCCAUCAUCGACCCUGACCCCAUGCUGACAUGCGACUUAAUGGACGGACGCGAUGCCUUCCUGACUCUAGCCAGGGACAAGCACUGGGAGUUCAGCUCCCUAAGAAGGUGUAAGUGGAGUACAAUGUGUAUGUUGGUGGAGCUGCACAAUCAGGGCCAGGACCGUUUUGUGUACACUUGCAAUGAAUGCAAGCACCACGUGGAGACUCGCUGGCAUUGCACCGUUUGCGAGGAUUACGAUCUAUGCAUUAACUGCUACAAUAUAAAGGGCCACGAACACCAGAUGGUGAAAUGGGGUCUUGGUUUAGACGACGACAGCAAUGGCCAGGGUGGAGAGGCCUCCAAGAGCCCCCAGGAGAGCCGCCGUCUCAGCAUCCAGCGCUGCAUCCAGUCACUGGUCCACGCCUGCCAGUGUCGCAACGCCAACUGCUCACUGCCUUCUUGCCAGAAGAUGAAGAGGGUGGUUCAGCACACCAAGGGCUGCAAGCGCAAGACAAAUGGCGGCUGUCCUGUGUGCAAGCAGCUCAUUGCUCUGUGCUGUUAUCACGCCAAGCACUGUCAGGAGAACAAGUGUCCCGUUCCCUUCUGUCUCAACAUCAAGCACAAGCUUCGUCAGCAGCAGCUGCAGCACAGGCUCCAACAGGCUCAGAUGAUGCGCCGCAGAAUGGCCACCAUGGCUGGAAGAGGGAUGCCCAUGCCAUCUCCUCCUACCUCAGGUGCCCCCGACACCCCAAAUUCUGUACAGCAGCCCAAUACUCCCCAGACCCCCCAGCCUAUGCCUAACCAACCCCAACAACCCCCACCCAACCCCCCCAAUGUUCCCCAAGGCUUCCACAGCAACGGUCGCAGCAGUCAGCCCACGACACCGGUGCCGCAGGGCAAACCGGGGCCUCAGUCCUCCCCACUCCAUCAGCAGCUGUCGCCCAUGCCCAACAUGCCCCACCCGCAGCAGCCUCAGCCGCCGCCGCUGCAGGAGCAGCCCCAGCGGCAGCAGCUGCUCACGGCUCUGAAGGUGGCUCAGCAGAUCGAGAUGGUAGCCAAGUCGAAGCAGCAGCAUCAGCAACAACAGCAGCCAAAUUAUGCCAUGAACGGGAUGCCCAUGAACCACCCGCGCAUGAUGGGGCCCAUGCAGGGCCAGAUGCACAUGAUGCAAGGGCCCCGGGGUCCCCAGGUAAUGCAGGCUAUGCAGCAAGGCCAGUGGGGUCCUGGGAUGCAGAAUCCCCAGAUUCAUCAGCAACAAGGCCCUCCUCAGCAAGGCCCCAUGGGCGUUCAGCAGGCUCAGGGAACCCCAAUGCCUCAGCAGGGCCAGCUCAUGCAGAGGCCCAUGAUGUCCCAGCAGCAAGGGCUCCAAAUGCCUGGGGUUAUACCUCCACAAGGGCCCUCACAACAGGGCAUGACACCACAGCAACAGAAUAUGCCCCGGGGAAUGCCUCCUAACAUCACUCAAAAUGCCCUACAGGAAUUACUGCGCACCCUCAAAUCACCAAGCUCCCCGCAGCAGCAGCAGCAGGUCCUGAGCAUCCUCAAAUCCAACCCCCACCUCAUGGCUGCUUUCAUUAAACAGAGGACAGCCAAGUACCAAGCCAGCCAGCCACAGCAGCAGCAGCAGCAGCAGGCCCAGCAGCAGAAUCCACAAGCCAUGCUGGGAACACAGGCAGGGAUGCAGGCCAUGGCAGCAAUGACCAACCAGGGGCAGAGGCCUGGAAUGCCUCCUCAACAGCAGCAUCCCCAGCAAGCUGCUCUCCAAGGUAUGGCGCCCAUGGGUCCUCAAGGCCAGAUGAUAAAUGCUGCACAAAAUGGGAAUCCCCAGCUGUACCGCAGACAGCAGCUGAGGAUGCAGCAGAUGCAGCAUCCUCAGCAGCAGGGAGGCUUGCCUCAGGGCCACGGUCAGUUUCCUCCUCAGCAGGCAGGGCCUGCAAGCUUCUCCCAGAUCCGUAUGCAGCAGCAAAUGGCUUUGCAAGGCGGCGGAGGACCCAUGGGACAGCUCCCUCCCACGUCCCAAAUGGGCCAGCCCGGCAUGGGCCAACCAGGCAUGGGUCAACCAGGCAUGGGUCAGCCCGGCAUGGGCCAACCAGGCAUGGGCCAGCCCGGCAUGGGUCAGCCAGGCAUGGGCCAGCCCGGCAUGGGCCAGCAAGGCAUGGGUCAACCCGGCAUGGGCCAGCCAGGCAUGGGUCAGCCCGGCAUGGGUCAAUCCGGCAUGGGCAUGGACGGGUCGCAGAACCUCCUCCAGCAGCGCAUGCUUCAGCCGCAGCAGAUGAUGAAGCAGCAGAUGGGCUCUCCAGCACAGGCUAAUUCUAUCAGUCCACAGUCUCACAUGCUACAAGGCCAAGCCCACGGAGGAGCUCACCUAGCAGGCCAGACAAUUGCAAACACCCUGGGAAACCAAGUACGCUCCCCAGCCCCUGUGCAGUCACCCCGCCCACCUUCGCAGCAGGGUCCUCAUUCCAGCUCCUCCCCACGGAUACAACCUCAGCCAUCACCCCAACACGGUGCCCUCCACUCAAGCUCUCCUCACCCUGGCCUUGGUCCCAUGUCAGGCUCCAUGGAGCAAGGACACAUGGGAACCCCUGAGCAGAAUGCCAUGCUCCCACAGCUUAAUACACCAAACCGAGGGGGGUUAAGUAAUGACAUGAGUAUGGUGGGUGACACAACAGGAGACACGAUGGAGAAUUUUACUAAGAUAUUGUAG